AUGGGGGAACUAAACUUCUUCCUAGGAUUACAAGUUAAAGAAACCUCUAAAGGGAUGAUGAUAAGUCAGCAAAAAUACAUUAAAGAGCUUCUGAAGAGGUUUGAGAUGGAAAGUUCAAAGACCAUUGAUACUUCCAUUGCUACUUCUACUCGUCUAGACAUGGACGAACCAGUGUGGGGUUAUGUGCUAGAUUCCAAAGAAACUCAUUUGAAAGGUUCUAAGAGAAUCCUCAGAUAUCUCAAAGGAACACAUGACCUGGUUCUCUAUCAUUCCUCAGGAGAUAAUUUCAACUUAAUUGGUUAUGCUGAUGCCGAUUAUGCUGGCUAUCAGGUGGAUAUGAAGAGCACAUCUGAUAUGACACAUUUUCUGGGAUCAUGCUUAAUUUCAUGGGGUACAAAGAAAUAA